AAAAAUAACUGUGUCUUUAUGAAUUUCAAUGGCCAUAAAGUAUAAAAUAUCUGUCCAUUCUUAUGUUAACUUCUGUUGUGGUUUGAUGGCACGAAUAAGAAUAUGGUUGUUAGUUUAACCUCUUCUGCUCCGCUCCCUUUGUUUUGGUAGUGGCCUCAGGCCCGAGUCCGGGCCUGGGAGCUCGAUUGGAGCGAGAGUGGGGUCAGGCUUGGGGAUCAUCCUGCGUUCAUGAUGCUGGGGCCACGGGCUGUGCUGUGGCGGCUGGGUCGAGGGUUACUGCAAGCUGGAGGCGCCUGUGGUCGUGUUAAUUCAAUGGAGAGCCAGUGCUGCUUGGUACAUACAAGUUUUGUGAAGUUACAAGGGUUAGCAGAAAAUGAGAACAAUUCCACAGAACUAACAGAAGGCAAGACUUCAGCAGAUUUCAGUAUCCUACCUCCAAUGCCAGGACAGGAGAGCCCUUUGCGCUGGGGAGGCAAAAAGUUUGAAGAUCUACACAUAGUGCACAUCAAAGCAACAUAUAAUAACACACACAUUCACGUUACCACCCAUGACGGACUGAGCAUGGUGCGGACUUCAUGUGGUACAGAAGGAUUUAAGAACGCCAAGAAGGGGACCCCAGUUGCAGCACAGACCGCCGGCAUUUCAGCAGCAGCGAAAGCAACUGAUCAAGGAAUAUCCUUUGUGCGUGUGGUGGUGAAGGGUUUGGGACCUGGCAGGCUGUCUGCCAUAAAAGGAUUAAGCAUGGGUGGCCUCCAGGUGGUUUCACUCACAGAUAACACUCCUAUUCCUCACAAUGGCUGCCGACCAAGGAAGGCCCGCAGAAUGUGAAGCUUCACGAUAUGUGAUUGAUAAUGAGGCAUCAACAGAAAUAACCACUUGUUCCAAUAUGUUCCAAAGUCAUAAAGUUCAAAAUAACCAGAUGUUAAGGGUUCAAGUUAACCUGUUACUCAAGAGAAAAUAUAGCAAUAAAAAUGACUGUACUGUGUAAAUCUGGAGGAAAUAGGUUUCAAUUAUAUUUGUUUGAAUUGACAGCUCUGAAGAGGAAAUUGUACGGUUCUUCAGCCCUAACUAUUCAAUCAGCAGAACAGAAAUCACAAAAAUUUUGCAAUAAUGCAUGUCAAAAAUUGGAGCCAUCCAACUGUUUUUAUAUUCUGUAGAUUCCUGUUUGAUCGUUAGCCAGUCAUUUUUUUCACAGCAAAUCUGAAAACUAAAAUGACAAAGCCUUUUUAACUACAAUGGUUGAAAUUAUAACUUCCUCGUAAUUUGGAAAGAAAAAAGUGAGACCAAUUCAAGUUUCAUGGAAAUGGAUUAAAAUAAGGUGCAUCCAACAGUCUGGUUGUUGUUAACUACCCUGUACGUGUGUCCUGCUCUAAUCUGUUAAUGUCCAAUGUGCUCCCAGCGCAAUUUGAAUAGUAAGAGAAACUAAUUCAGCUCAGAGCAACAUCAUUCUUAUUGAUUUCAGGGCGUAGUGCGAAUGGCUUAUUGUUCAUCAAAAACCUUUAAUAUUAAUUAAAGCCCAUCUUUGUGUUCAGCAGGGGAGCUGCUGAAUGCAUAGAUUCAUUCCAACCCAGCAAAUUUGCUACUUAUAAGCAAAAGCUUCAUGAAUACAUUGAAGACAUUAAUGAACAUUUCCUCCAGAACCUAAAUCACUGUCAGACAGUGAUUUUAAUUGCAGAUUAGAUCAGGUUCUGUUUCAAAUGAAGCAAAGGAGAGUUGGGGCCAAAUUGAUGAUCUUAAGUUUGUAUUGAUUGUGGUCUCAUUGAUGGUGGUUGCUGCACAGUGUGUUGUAUCCAGACAGAUUUUUUUAUGAAAUGUCAGCAAUCUCAAACAUUAACUUUGCUUCCAUCUUCGCAGAUGCUGUUUGAUCUGCUGAAUAUUUCCAGCACAUUCUGUUUUUUUAAUCCAGAUUGUAAACAAGAUGUGGAAGAAUCCAUGGAUGGCUACCUACUGCUAAGUCAGUAGGAAUCUAGUACCAGACUGGAUGAAAACAUUUCUAUUGCAAUUAUGUUCCAAAAACUACUUGAUGUCUGUACUGAUUGUCUGACUUGAAUGCCAGUUUGACCAUAGAAUAAAUUAUGAUUUUGCUCUUCUCCAAGA